UAAUUGUUCGCGAAAUUGUUCUAGUCGGGCUGACGAUCCUCGUUCACGGAGUUCUUCCAACCGUCUUGAAGCUUCGGAUGGGAUGGUGAAAAAAUCGUGAGCAAUGUCCAAGUUGGGACAUAUUUCGCGAAUAUAGUUUGAUCAAGUGCGGCUAACUGUGUCCCUAGGGUAGUAACCAAGAAAAAAUUCAACAUCAGUUAUUUGUAUUGUCAUCGAUUGGAAUCUUCUGCGGUUAGCGUGAACUAGAACUACACCAAAGUGCAGCGGAAAAACGUGAUUUACUGUGUGAGCACAGAAUGGUAGACAGUCGAUGGUAGUUUCGUGGCAACAAAAGGUUAGGACUAACUGCCCGUAGCGAUCUGCGGGGCACCGCAUCAGCAGUUCACAGCAAGCCUCUGAAGGAGCAUCGGUUCUCGAGCGGUCGCAGAAGUCUCAACAUCUGUGGAAGAUCAUGAAUAGGAAAAUGAAUCUACUGCUUUCAACACUUUUGAUGUUUUGUGCCAUCCACGUGCAGACUUUUGCCGCCAGAAUUAAGCAAAAACGACUGCUGUACGACCUUGCCGAUCCCUUCGUAUCGGUAACCGAAUCCACUUCAUUUCACCAUCCCACCACAUUCCAACCGUCGGUCAUCUACUCGUCUGACUCACCGAUACUUGAUCAAAUAAUCAAACCGAUCCCAUCGGGCUUCCCAUCCUACCAUUCGAAGCCCUCGCUGCACAACAUCUACAAGAACAAUUACUUUGAAUACUCCAACUACGGUUCACCGUUUCAAUUCAUCGGUGGCAACCAUCUGGGAUUCAACGAUGAAGAAACCUACAUUGCCGAUGGCCGCAUUCUCAAACAGUACUCCGUCCUAGAACAUCACGCCGAUGAUAUCGAACGUCACCGUCUGCUUCAGCCCGACACGUACAACCCUUCUCCGUCCUACUUUAGCAACGAACUCCCAGAUGUAUACAACCGUCCGCUCAAUUUGGCAUAUUCUACCACCAUUGGUUUCAAUCCCCGACUCGGAUUACCACUGAACAACCAUUCACCAUUGCUGACGAAAAAUCACGGUCCCGUGGCACUUGGAUCGGGAUCACUUGGAUACAUCCAUGGUCCCAACGGUGUUGCGCUCGGAUCAGGAUCCCUUGGGUAUAUCAGCCAUCAGCAACACCGCGAAAGCCUUUCCGAAAUCUCAGCUCGUAAAAAUCAAAAACACAGACCAGGACCACUGCACUUUGGCCAUAACCACGACUAAGGAAGGGAAGCUGGGGCAGUAGAUGUUUUGCAGCACAGGUUGUUCCUAGCAGAAAUUGUAAUGCAGAAAGUUCGUUAGCAGAGAAUGCAUUUGAAUUGUAAUAGAUCCCAUAGGGAGAACGUUUGUUCAUUAGUUGCCACGCCCCCAUCGUUGAAAAUU